AUGACAGAACUACAGGAGAGAAAACGCAGUCUGGAGACUCUACUGAAUACCAGACUGGCUGAGCUACGGAGGGUCUGUCUGCAGGAGACGGUCAGUGCACUCGCCGUUGACUAGUGUGUUCUGUUAAUGUUCUGGUCAUGUUCCGGUAAUGUUCUGGUCAUGUUCCGGUCAUGUUCUGGUAAUGUUCUGGUCAUGUUCUGGUAAUGUUAUGGUCAUGUUCUGGUAAUGUUAUGGUCAUGUUAUUGUAUUGUAUCGGUAAUGUUAUGGUCAUGUUAUGGUCAUGUUAUGGUCAUGUUCUGUGUCUAUGUUUGUCCUCUCCGGGAGCUGACAGGAGAGCUUCCUGGUGAUCUCUCCUGUUAAUGUGGUGUAUUCAUCUAUAACAGGAGCUGACAGGAGAGCUUCCUGGUGAUUUCCCCCUGGAGGCAGGGGAGAGACGCUCCAAGGUACGCCAACGGGUCGGAUCAUACCGCCACGGACCCAAGACUGUUAUAAAGUCAGAGGUAAAGGAGGAUUGUGAAUAUUACCACACAAACUGAUACAUUCUACCCAGAAAGCACAACUGCCCCCCUCCUAAUUUCAACCUGUUAUCUCUGACAAAUGAUCAUUUUCCAGAUGGAUUGUAGGGUGAGAGAAUGUUGAGUGAAAGUCCUGUUUUGUACCUCUACGAGAAUGGUGUAGAACACUGAAUGGUGUAGAACACUGAAUGGUGUAGAACACUGAAUGGUGUAGAACACUGAAUGGUGUAGAACACUGAAUGGUGUAGAACACUGAAUGGUGUAGAACACUGAAUGGUGUAGAACACUGAAUGUGAAGAAGUCUGUAAAUAAACCCCAUCUUGUGAUGAGUAGGAGGAGGAGGAGUGUCAGAGGAAACCUAAGAAGAAUCUGUUGAGUGGUGCCCUGAGACGACAUGUAGACUCUGAUCAUCACCAGACACACAGCAGGAGGACCGUACACAGAGGAUGCCACACAGGUAUAUAUAACUUACCACCUUUCAGUGGCACUGCUGGGAUCUAACCACAGGUAACCUCCCCCUUAUCACCGUGACUGCACUGGUUAAAUUACACACAGGUAACCUCCCCCUUAUCGCUGUGACUGCACUGGUUAAAAUACACACAGGUAACCUCCCCCUUAUCGCUGUGACUGCACUGGUUAAAUUACACACAGGUAACCUCCCCCUUAUCGCUGUGACUGCACUGGUUAAAUUACACACAGGUAACCUCCCCCUUAUCGCUGUGACUGCACUGGUUAAAUUACACACAGGUAACCUCCCCCUUAUCGCUGUGACUGCACUGGUUAAAAUACACACAGGUAACCUCCCCCUUAUUGCCGUGACUGCACUGGUUAAAUAACACACAGGUAACCUCCCCCUUAUCGCUGUGACUGCACUGGUUAAAUUACACACAGGUAACCUCCCCCUUAUCGCUGUGACUGCACUGGUUAAAUUACACACAGGUAACCUCCCCCUUAUCGCUGUGACUGCACUGGUUAAAUUACACACAGGUAACCUCCCCCUUAUCGCUGUGACUGCACUGGUUAAAUAACACACAGGUAACCUCCCCCUUAUCGCUGUGACUGCACUGGUUAAAUUACACACAGGUAACCUCCCCCUUAUCGCUGUGACUGCACUGGUUAAAUUACACACAGGUAACCUCCCCCUUAUCACCGUGACUGCACUGGUUUAAAUUACACACAGGUAACCUCCCCCUUAUCAACCUCCCCCUUAUCACCGUGACUGCACUGGUUAAAUUACACACAGGUAACAUCCCCCUUAUCAACCUCCCCCUUAUCACCGUGACUGCACUGGUUAAAUUACACACAGGUAACCUCCCCCUUAUCAACCUCCCCCUUAUCACAGUGACUGCACUGGUUAAAUUACACACAGGUAACCUCCCCCUUAUCGCUGUGACUGCACUGGUUAAAUUACACACAGGUAACCUCCCCCCUUAUCACUGUGACUGCACUGGUUAAAAUACACACAGGUAACCUCCCCCUUAUCGCUGUGACUGCACUGGUUAAAAUACACACAGGUAACCUCCCCCUUAUCGCUGUGACUGCACUGGUUAAAAUACACACAGGUAACCUCCCCCUUAUCGCUGUGACUGCACUGGUUAAAUUACACACAGGUAACCUCCCCCUUAUCGCUGUGACUGCACUGGUUAAAUUACACACAGGUAACCUCCCCCUUAUCGCUGUGACUGCACUGGUUAAAUAACACACAGGUAACCUCCCCCUUAUCGCUGUGACUGCACUGGUUAAAUUACACACAGGUAACCUCCCCCUUAUCGCUGUGACUGCACUGGUUUAAAUUACACACAGGUAACCUCCCCCUUAUCACCGUGACUGCACUGGUUAAAUUACACACAGGUAACCUCCCCCUUAUCAACCUCCCCCUUAUCACCGUGACUGCACUGGUUAAAUUACACACAGGUAACCUCCCCCUUAUCAACCUCCCCCUUAUCACCGUGACUGCACUGGUUAAAUUACACACAGGUAACCUCCCCCUUAUCGCUGUGACUGCACUGGUUAAAUUACACACAGGUAACCUCCCCCUUAUCACUGUGACUGCACUGGUUAAAAUACACACAGGUAACCUCCCCCUUAUCGCUGUGACUGCACUGGUUAAAAUACACACAGGUAACCUCCCCCUUAUCGCUGUGACUGCACUGGUUAAAAUACACACAGGUAACCUCCCCCUUAUCGCUGUGACUGCACUGGUUAAAUUACACACAGGUAACCUCCCCCUUAUCGCUGUGACUGCACUGGUUAAAAUACACACAGGUAACCUCCCCCUUAUCGCUGUGACUGCACUGGUUAAAUUACACACAGGUAACCUCCCCCUUAUCGCUGUGACUGCACUGGUUAAAUUACACACAGGUAACCUCCCCCUUAUCGCUGUGACUGCACUGGUUAAAUAACACACAGGUAACCUCCCCCUUAUCGCUGUGACUGCACUGGUUAAAUUACACACAGGUAACCUCCCCCUUAUCGCUGUGACUGCACUGGUUAAAUUACACACAGGUAACCUCCCCCUUAUCACCAUGACUGCACUGGUUAAAUUACACACAGGUAACCUCCCCCUUAUCAACCUCCCCCUUAUCACCGUGACUGCACUGGUUAAAUUACACACAGGUAACCUCCCCCUUAUCAACCUCCCCCUUAUCACCGUGACUGCACUGGUUAAAUUACACACAGGUAACCUCCCCCUUAUCGCUGUGACUGCACUGGUUAAAUUACACACAGGUAACCUCCCCCUUAUCACUGUGACUGCACUGGUUAAAAUACACACAGGUAACCUCCCCCUUAUCGCUGUGACUGCACUGGUUAAAAUACACACAGGUAACCUCCCCCUUAUCGCUGUGACUGCACUGGUUAAAAUACACACAGGUAACCUCCCCCUUAUCGCUGUGACUGCACUGGUUAAAUUACACACAGGUAACCUCCCCUUAUCAACCUCCCCCUUAUCACUGUGACUGCACUGGUUAAAAUACACACAGGUAACCUCCCCCUUAUCGCUGUGACUGCACUGGUUAAAAUACACACAGGUAACCUCCCCCUUAUCGCUGUGACUGCACUGGUUAAAUUACACACAGGUAACCUCCCCCUUAUCGCUGUGACUGCACUGGUUAAAAUACACACAGGUAACCUCCCCCUUAUUGCUGUGACUGCACUGGUUAAAAUACACACAGGUAACCUCCCCCUUAUCGCUGUGACUGCACUGGUUGAAAGUUGGUGUUAUUACAUAACGUAAUAUACACUCUGUAAUUACUGGGACAGUGAAGCGUUUUUUAAAUUAUUUUGCCUCUGUACUUCAAACGUUUGUAUUUGAUAUCAAACAAUGACUAUGAGGUUAAAGUGCGGACUGUCAGCUUUAAUUUGAAGGUAUUUUCAUUAAUAUCAGGUGAACCGUUUAGAAAUUACAACUAUUUCUGUCCAUAGUCCCCCCAUUUUAGGAUUGGGACAAAUUCACUUUUUAUUUAUUUAACCUUUAUUUAACCAGGUAAGCCAGUUGAGAACAAGUUCUCAUUUACAACUGCGACCUGGCCAAGAUAAAGCAAAGCAGUGCGAUUUAAAAACAACAACAACACAGAGUUACAUAUGGGGUAAAACAAAACGUACAGUCAAAAAUACAAUAGAAAAUAUAUGUACAGUGUGUGCAAAUGUAGCAAGUUAUGAAGGUAAGGCAAUAAAUAGGCCAUAGUGCAAAAUAGUUACAAUUUCGUAUUAACACUGGAGUGAUAGAUGUGCAAAAGAUGAUGUGCAAAUAGAGAUACUGGGGUGCAAAAGUGCAAAAUAAAUAACAAUAUAGGGAUGAGGUAGUUGGGUGGGCUAAUUACAGAUGGGCUGUGUACAGGUGCAGUGAUCGGUAAGGUGCUCUGACAACUGAUGCUUAAAGUUAGUGAGGGAGAUAAGAGUCUCCAGCUUCAGAGAUUUUUGCAGUUCAUUCCAGUAUUUGGCAGCAGAGAACUGGAAGGAAUGGCGGCCAAAGGAGGUGUUGGCUUUGGGGAUGACCAGUGAGAUAUACCUGCUGGAGCGCAGACUACGGGUGGGUGUUGCUAUGGUGACCAGUGAGCUAAGAUAAGGCGGGGAUUUGCCUAGCAGUGAUUUAUAGAUGACCUGGAGCCAGUGGGUUUGGCAACGAAUAUGUAGUGAGGACCAGCCAACAAGAGCGUACAGGUCACAGUGGUGGGUAGUGUAUGGGGCUUUGGAGACAAAACGGAUGGCACUGUGAUAGACUACAUCCAAUUUGCUGAGUAGAGUGUUGGAGGCUAUUUUGUAAAUGACAUUGCCGAAGUCAAGGAUCGGUAGGAUAGUCAGUUUUACGAGGGCAUGUUUGGCCGCAUGAGUGAAGGAAGCUUUGUUGCGAAAUAGGAAACCGAUUCUAGAUUUAACUUUGUAUUGGAGAUUCUUAAUGUGAGUCUGGAAGGAGAGUUUACAGUCUAACCAGACACCUAGGUAUUUGUAGUUGUCCGCAUACUCUAGGUCAGACCCGCCGAGAGUAGUGAUUCUAGUCGGGUGGGCGGGUGCAAGCAGCAUUCAGUUGAAGAGCAUGCAUUUAGUUUUACUAGUGUUUAAGAGCAGUUGGAGGCUACGGAAGGAGUGUUGUAUGGCGUUGAAGCUCGUUUGGAGGUUUGUUAACACAGUGUCCAAUGAAGGGCCAGAUGUAUACAAAAUGGUGUCGUCCGCAUAGAGGUGGAUCCGAGCGUCACCAGCAGCAAGAGCGACAAAAUUCAAUUCUCGAGUCGGCCCAAGAAUUGAACCCUGUGGCACCCCCAUAGAGACUGCCAGAGGUCCAGACAACAGACCCUGCGAUUUGACACAUUGAACUCUAUCUGAGAAGUAGUUGGGUGAACCAGGCGAGGCAGUCAUUUGAGAAACCAAGGCUAUUUAGUCUGCCAAUAAGAAUGCGGUGGUUGACGGAGUCGAAAGCCUUGGCCAGGUCGAUGAAGACGGCUGCGCAGUACUGUCUUUUAUCGAUCGCGGCUAUAAUAUCGUUUAGGACCUUGAGCGUGGCUGAGGUGCACCCAUGACCAGCUCGGAAACCAGAUUGCGUAGCGGAGAAGGUACGGUGGGAUUCGAAAUGGUCGGUGAUCUGUUUGUUAACUUGGCUUUCAAAAACUUUCGAAAGGCAGGGCAGGAUGGAUAUAGGUCUGUAACAGUUUGGAUCUAGAGUGUCACCCCCUUUGAAGACGGGGAUGACUGCGGCAGCUUUCCAAUCUCUGGGGAUCUCAGACGUUACGAACGAGAGGUUGAACAGGCUAGUAAUAGGGGUUGCGACAAUUUCGGCAGCUAGUUUUAGAAAGAAAGGGUCCAGAUUGUCUAGCCCAGCUGAUUUGUAGGGGUCCAGAUUUUUCAGCUCUUUCAGAACAUCAGCUGUCUGAAUUUGUGUGAAGGAGAAGCGGGGGGGGGCAUGGGCAAGUUGCAGCGGAGGGUGCAGAGCUGGUGGCCGGGGUAGUGGUAGCCAGGUGGAAAGCAUGGCCAGCCGUAGCAAAAUGCUUGUUGAAAUUCUCGAUUAUUGUAGAUUUAUCGGUGGUGACAGUGUUUCCUAGCCACAGUGCAGUGGGCAGCUGGGAGGAGGUGCUCUUAUUCUCCAUGGACUUUACAAUGUCCCAAAACUUUUUGGAGUUAGUGCUACAGGAUGCACAUUUCUGUUUGAAAAAGCUAGCCUUUGCUUUCCUAACUGAUUGUGUAUAAAAGUAAUAAAAAGCUUAGUAUUUGGUCCUAUAUUCCCAGCACAUAAUGACUACUUCAAGAUUGUAACUCUACAAAUUUGUUGGAUGCAUUUUCUGUUUGUUUUAGUUGUGCCCAAUAGACAUUAAUGGUAAAUAACGUAUUGUGUCAUUUUGGAGUGACUUUUAUUGUAAAUAACAAUAGAAUAUGUUUCUAAUUAAUUAAUUAACGAUGAGUGAGAAAGUUACAGACGCACAAAUAUCAUAGCCACAAGACAUGCUAACCUCCCGUUUUAUUGUCAUGGUGAGAGGUUGAACAUGUCUUGGGGCUAUGAUAUUUGUGCAUCUGUCUUUCUCACUCAUCAUUAAUCACGAUUUAUUCAGGAUUAUCCGUAAUCAUGGUAGCAUCCACAUUACUGUAGAAGUGUUUAGAAACAAAUUGUAUUCUUAUUUACAAUAAAAGUGACUCCAAAAUGACAAUACAUUAUUUACCAUUCAUAAACUUAUUACUACUUUUAUAAACAUAAAAAGUGAAUUUGUCCCAAUCCUAAAAUGUGGGGUCAAAAAGAGUUGUAAUUUCUAAACAAUAUUAAUGAAAAUACCCUCAAAUUAAAGCUGACAGUCUGUACUUUAACCCCAUAGUCGGGGGAGGGAGGGCGAGGGAGGGAGGGAGGGCGAGGGAGGGAGGGCGAGGGAGGGAGGGAGAGAGGGGGCGAGGGAGGGGGCGAGGGAGGGGGCGGGAGGGAGAGAGGGGGCGAGGGAGGGAGGGAGGGGGAGGGGGCGAGGGAGGGAGGGGGAGGGGGCGAGGGAGGGGGAGGGAGGGAGGGGCGAGGGGGAGGGAGGAGGGGGCGAGGGAGGGGGAGGGAGGGAGGGAGGGAGAGAGGGGGCGAGGGAGAGAGGGGGCGAGGGAGGGAGGGCGAGGGAGGGAGGGGGGGGGAGGGAGGGAGGAGGGAGGGAGGGAGAAUUGUUACAGAGGAGAGGAGGAAGUCAGAAAAAGUCUCAUUAUUACUGGGAUGACGCACAUGAUAUCCAGGGAAAGCGCAUGGAGGCAUGGUGACAGACAGAGAACAAUGCUACCAUUUAUGUAACUACCACCUGACUCACUCCACCGAGCGGGCGGAGUCUGAAAUGGCACCCUAUUCCCUAUUUAGUGCACUACUUUUGUCCAGACUGUGUUUUCGUGCACUACUUUUGUCCUGGCUGGUCAAAGGUAGUGCAUUACUAUAUAGACAAGUGGGCGCCGUACGCAGGUGCAGCCCACGUGGUUUGUGAGUACACGGUGAGAGCUGAAUCCUACCGGAGAUAUGCAGAGCAAUUCUAAACCAUGUCCAUCAUGGACUGAUUCUUAUAGGAGAUUUGCAUGGAAUGUGACUCAAGUCACAAGGCACAGAUUUCAGGUUAAGAUUUAGAUAUAAGGGAGUGUGUGUGUGUGUGUGUGUGUGUGUGUGUGUGUGUGUGUGUGUGUGUGUGUGUGUGUGUGUGUGUGUGUGUGUGUGUGUGUGUGUGUGUGUGUGUGUGUGUGUGUGUGUGUGUGUGUGUGUGUGUGUAUCCCUCCACAGAUGACACAGUGAACUCGGAGAGCAGCUCCAUAUCUGAUUCUACAGGGGACCAUGACAAUGGUAAGACUAUACGAGGACACUAAAAGUAGAUCCUAGUCAUGUUAAAUACAGUACAUCCCGGUCAUGUUAAAUACAGUACAUCCCGGUCAUGUUAAAUACAGUACAUCCCGGUCAUGUUAAAUACAGUACAUCCCGGUCAUGUUAAAUACAGUACAUCCCGGUCAUGUUAAAUACCAGAAUACAGUACAUCCCGGUCAUGUUAAAUACAGUACAUCCCGGUCAUGUUAAAUACAGUACAUCCCGGUCAUGUUAAAUACAGUACAUCCCGGUCAUGUUAAAUACAGUACAUCCCGGUCAUGUUAAAUACAGUACAUCCCGGUCAUGUUAAAUACAGUUACAUCCCGGUCAUGUUAAAUACAGUACAUCCCGGUCAUGUUAAAUACAGUACAUCCCGGUCAUGUUAAAUACAGUACAUCCCGGUCAUGUUAAAUACAGUACAUCCCGGUCAUGUUAAAUACAGUACAUCCCGGUCAUGUUAAAUACAGUACAUCCCGGUCAUGUUAAAUACAGUACAUCCCGGUCAUGUUAAAUACAGUACAUCCCGGUCAUGUUAAAAUACAGUACAUCCCGGUCAUGUUAAAUACAGUACAUCCCGGUCAUGUUAAAUACAGUACAUCCCGGUCAUGUUAAAUACAGUACAUCCCGGUCAUGUUAAAUACAGUACAUCCCGUCAUGUUAAAUACAGUAAUUCACGGUCAUGUUUCACAUACAGUACCAUCCCUGGUCAUGGUAAAUACAGUACAUCCCGGUCAUUUACAUACAGUUACAUUCCACCGGUCAUGUUAAAUUACCGUACAUCCCGGGUCAUUGUUCAAUACUAGUACAUCCCGGUCAUGUUAAAGUACAGUACAUCCCGGUCAUGUUAAAUACAAGUACAUCCCGGGUCAUGUUAAAUACAGUACAUCCCGGUCUGUUAAAUACAGUACAUCACGGUCAUGUUAAAUACAGUACAAUCCCGGUCAUGUUUUAAAUUACACUACAUCCCGGUCAUGUUAAAUAAAGUACAUCCCGGUCAUGUUAAAAUAACAGUAAUCCCGGUACAUGUUCUAAUACCAGGUACAUCCCGGUAUGCUUUAAAUACCGUACAUCCCGGUCAUGUUAAAUACAGUACAUCCUAGUGAUGCAAAGGUUUACUUUCAGUCCUCACCAAACUUUCAUCCAUCUCUUUUCUCUCGCUCGCUCUCUCUCUCUCUAGAUGAGUCUUCGGGUGUGACGCCUGACUGUGUGUCCCCGUCUCGGCCCCGGGUGGCCCCUGGUAAUGGCAGCAGCAGCAGUCCAGACAACAGGCUGUGUAGGAAGCUUUCUCCUGUUGAGGUCUAUUAUGCCAUGAGAACCACAACGCCACACAACUCGCUGGCCCACUCUGCCAGGUACUGAUGCAGUUAUUUACAUUUUUACAUUUACGUCAUUUAGCAGACGCUCUUAUCCAGAGCCACUUACAGUUAGUGAGUGCAGACAUCUUUUUUUUUCAUACUAUGACCCAAUAUCAAUCAGUCAAUCAGUCAAUCACAUUUAUUUUAUAAAGCCCUUUUCUUACAUCAGCAGUUGUCACAAAGUUCUUUAAAGAUACCCCAGCCUAAAACCCCAAAGAGCAAGCAAAGCAAAUGUCAUACAAUAUAACUGUACAAAGUAAACUAAUAAACUACUGUAUGUACAAACAGAUGAUCCAAACUAGUCAGUACAAACCGCCAGGUAGCAUUGCAUCUAUUUGCAACUAGGAACCAUCUAUUCUAUCCACAUCUACGCUGAGUGUACAGAAAAUUAGGAACACCUUCCUAAAAUUGAGUUGCACCCCGUUUUGCCCUCCGAACAGCCUCAAUUCGUCAGGGCAUAUAAUAUAAUAUAAUAAUAAUAAUAAUGAACUCUACAAGGUGUUGAAAGCCGUUCCACAGGGAUGCUGGCCCAUGUUGACUCCAAUGCUUCCCCCAGUUGUGUCUAGUUGGCUGGUAGUGGAUCUGUACUCCGAAUGGCUCGUUCCAUCUCAUCUCACAGAUGCUCAGUUGGAUUGAGAUCUGGUGACUGGGCAGGCCACUGCAGUAAGCUAAAUUCACUGUCAUGUUCGUGGAACCAUUCCUGGACAAUCCUAGCCUUGUGCCAUGGGGCGUUAUCCUGCUGGAAAAAAAUCAAUUUGCAGAUGGAUAAACUGCAGCCAUGAAGGGAUGCACCUGAUUGGCAAUGAUCUCCAGAUAUCCUUUGGCAUUCAAAUGUUGCACCACUUUUAUCAAGGGGCCCAUUGUGUGCCAUGAAAACACACCCCACACCACCACCACCAGCCUGCCAUGUUGACACGCGGCAUGAUGGAUGCAGGUACUCACGUGGUUUUCUCCCAUUAGUGUGAAACAGCAGGAACUGGGAUUCAUCAGACCAGGGAAUGUUUUUCCAGUGCCCAGAGUUUUCGUUCCUUAGUCCACUGCAACCGCAGUGUCUUGUUUUUUGCUGAUAGAAGUGUAACUCUGUAAGGUUGUCAGCUGCCAUACCCCAUUCGUGUCAAGGUACAACGAGUUUGGGCACCAGUGUUGUACUGGACUGGCAGUCGACUAACUGUAGCCCGUCUGUUGCUCAGCCUCCUUUGUCCUCUUUCAUCAAUGACCUGUUUUCGACCACUGGCCUGCCGUUGGCUGCAUGUCCUUUGGGUGGUGGACCAUUCUUGAUACACACGGGAAACUGUUGAGCGUGAAAAACCCAGCAGCGUUGCAGUUCUUGACACACUCAAACCGGUGCGCCUGGCAACUACUACCAUACCCCGUUCAAAGGCACUUAAAUAUUUUGUCUUGCCUCAUUCACCCUCUGAAUGGCACACAUACACAAUCCAUGUCUCAAUUGUCUCAAGGCUUAAAAAUCCUUCUUUAACCUGUCUCCUCCCCUUCAUCUACACUGAUUGAAGUGGAUUUAACAGGUGACAUCAAUCAUAGCAUUCACCUGGUCAGUCUGUCGUGGAAAGAGCAGGUGUUCCUAAUGUUUUGUACACUCGGUGUAUAACGGCUCUUCUUUCCAAUCAAAAGUUCCAGGAAGCCACUGAUACACAGGGGGGGAGCGAUGUUGUGGCCCAGUUUCAUACAUUCUAACUUAUCCCACUGUGGAUAUGUUGUAGUCCUAACGCAGACUCUUGCUGUGUGUGUCGGACUCUCUUCCCCCAGAAGCAAUAUGGAGGGGAGGAGUGUACCCGCCACACCCCUUCUCGCUCGGAACGGACCCACAGGUGUCCGCAACCACAUCAGGUGAGCUCAAGUCUAGAUGAAAUCAGAUCAAGCAUUAACCGGUGGUAGCAGACACACCCCCGCUUAGCAGAUGUUUUGGCAGUUUAAGAUUAAGACUUGAGCUCACCUGAUGUGAUUGUGAACAUCUGAUGUGGUUUAGGGUUCGUUUUAUAGAUUAAGAGCUCUAUUUAAUCAGAUCUGCUUUAGCUGACAUCCGCAUAGCCGUUGUCUGAGGUGGAACCAGGUUGGAGCCGUCAAAUCGGUGAGCAGCUUCUCUUGUGAUCAUUGUCACACGAAGCAACACCCGCCCCACUCAAGUUAGAAGUUCAGAAUGAAAGUGUAGCUAUAUAGAAAUAAUGAAACUCAAAUAAAAAAAUCAUUAAACUAAAUAAUGAAGAUUUCUGUCAGCCUAAUCGAGGUGUAGAUUACAUCUGCAUGGGAGUUCUGUUACUGGGACUCUGUGCAGCCAAUGGCAAUGCCCGCUUUAGGUAUAAUGGGACUCUGUGCAGCCAAUGGCAAUGCCCGCUUUAGGUAUAAUGGGACUCUGUGCAGCCAAUGGCAAUGCCCGCUUUAGGUAUAAUGGGACUCCGUGCAGCCAAUGGCAAUGCCCGCUUUAGGUAUAAUGGGACUCUGUGCAGCCAAUGGCAAUGCCCGCUUUAGGUAUAAUGGGACUCUGUGCAGCCAAUGGCAAUGCCCGCUUUAGGUAUAAUGGGACUCCGUGCAGCCAAUGGCAAUGCCCGCUUUAGGUAUAAUGGAACACCGUGCAGCCAAUGGCAAUGCCCGCUUUAGGUAUAAUGCUGGGAGCCACUUGUGGAUUUGACGGCUCCAACACAGUUCCACCUCCAACAACGGCUAUGCGGAUGUCAGCUAAAGCAGAUCUGAUUAAUUAGAGCUCUUAAUCUAUAAAACGAACCCUAAACCACAUCAGAUGUUCACAAUCACGUCAGGUGAGCUCAAGUCUUAAUCUAUAGAACUAACCCUAACCCACUAGUGUCCAAAACGAUUUACAGUGAGGGAAAAAAGUAUUUGAUCCCCUGCUGAUUUUGUACGUUUGCCCACUGACAAAGACAUGAUCAGUCUAUAAUUUUAAUGGUAGGUUUAUUUGAACAGUGAGAGACAGAAUAACAACAAAAAAAUCCAGAAAAACGCAUGUCAAAAAUGUUAUAAAUUGAUUAGCAUUUUAAUGAGGGAAAUAAGAAUUUGACCCCUCUGCAAAACAUGACUUAGUACUUGGUGGCAAAACCCUUGUUGGCGAUCACAGAGGUCAGACGUUUCUUGUAGUUGGCCACCAGGUUUGCACACAUCUCAGGAGGGAUUUUGUCCCACUCCUCUUGGCAGAUCUUCUCCAAGUCAUUAAGGUUUCGAGCCUGCCGUUUGGCAACUCGAACCUUCAGCUCCCUCCACAGAUUUUCUAUGGGAUUAAGGUCUGGAGACUGGCUAGGCCACUCCAGGACCUUAAUGUGCUUCUUCUUGAGCCAUUCCUUUGUUGCCUUGGCCGUGUGUUUUGGGUCAUUGUCAUGCUGGAAUACCCAUCCAUGACCCAUUUUCAAUGCCCUGGCUGAGGGAAGGAGGUUCUCACCCAAGAUUUGACGGUACAUGGCCCGUCCAUCGUCCCUUUGAUGCGGUGAAGUUGUCCUGUCCCCCAAAGCAUAAUGUUUCCACCUCCAUGUUUGACAGUGGGGAUGGUUUUCUUGGGGUCAUUGGCAGCAUUCCUGCUCCUCCAAACACGGCGAGUUGAGUUGAUGCCAAAGAGCUCGAUUUUGGUCUCAUCUGACCACAACACUUUCACCCAGUUCUCCUCUGAAUGAUUCAGAUGUUCAUUGGUAAACUUCAGACGGGCCUGUAUAUGUGCUUUCUUGAGCAGGGGGACUUUGCGGGCGCUGCAGGAUUUCAGUCCUUCACGGCGUAGUGUGUUACCAAUUGUUUUCUUGGUGACUAUGGUCCCAGCUGCCUUGAGAUCAUUGACAAGAUCCCCCCGUGUAGUUCUGGGCUGAUUCCUCAUCGUUCUCAUGAUCAUUGCAACUCCACGAGGUGAGAUCUUGCAUGGAGCCGCAGGCCGAGGGAGAUUGACAGUUAUUUUGUGUUUCUUCCAUUUGCGAAUAAUCGCACCAACUGUUGUCACCUUCUCACCAAGCUGCUUGGCGAUGGUCUUGUAGCCCAUUCCAGCCUUGUGUAGGUCUACAAUCUUGUCCCUGACAUCCUUGGAGAGCUCUUUGGUCUUGGCCAUGGUGGAGAGUUUGGAAUCUGAUUGAUUGAUUGCUUCUGUGGACAGGUGUCUUUUAUACAGGUAACAAGCUGAGAUCAGGAGCACUCCCUUUAAGAGUGUGCUCCUAAUCUCAGCUCGUUACCUGUAUAAAAUACACCUGGGAGCCAGAAAUCUUUCUGAUUGAGAGGGGGUCAAAUACUUAUUUCCCUCAUUAAAAUACAAAUCAAUUUAUAACAUUUUUGACAUGCGUUUUUCUGGAUUAUUUUGUUGUUAUUCUGUCUCUCACUGUUCAAAUAAACCUACCAUCAAAAAUUAUAAACUGAUCAUGUCUUUGUCAGUGGGCAAACUUACAAAAUCAGCAGGGGAUCAAAUACUUUUUUCCCCUCACUGUAUGUAUCUCUUUCCUUCCGUGUUUAUGUAUCUCUUUACUUCCCAGGUCAGCUAUAUCCACCGUGACGACUACCAAGCAGUGGUCAGACAAUCCAGAGGUGACCCAGGUGGUUCCUCAUCAGUCUCAGGUUGGCGGCCCCUCCCCCUCCCCUGGCCCCUCCCCUGGCCCCCCGUCAGGGUCCUAUGAGCAGGGAGGGGGAGGGGGAGGCGGAGGUUACAGUGAUAUCCUGAUGGACUAUGUGUGGGGGAAGCAGCAGCAGCAGAGACGAGUCCAGCAGGUCCCUUCCUCUGUCCCUGUACCUCCUCCUUCUCACCCCCACCCCCAGGGACAUCUCCCAGGGCCCCAGCAUGUCUCUGGGGGCCCGCCAGCCUACUCCAGCCCCCUGAUGCUCCGGGGGAAGCUUGGGGAGCCACGCCGGGUCAAGGUAACCCGUACCAAGUCGUGUGGUCCAUUCAUCCCUCUACAGCAACACCACCAGGAAGCGCUCCUCUUCUCCUCUUACACCUCCUCUGACCCUCCUCUCCCUCCCACCUCCUCCUCCUCCUCCACCGGGACCUCCACAGCUGCCCUGUAUCCCCACCGGGGUUCUGGGGUUGAGUCCUACCAGCACCAGCAUGGGUCUGGAUCAGGACCCGGUCCCCAUCUCAACCACAACCACCAGCUCGGACCACCCCAGUACUCUGACUCCGUCACCCCAGACGACCCCAUCCGCAGCCUGCACAAGGCCCUGGCUCUGGAGGGCCUGAGGGACUGGUACCUGAGGAACACCCUGGGUGGGGUAGGGGCGGGGUCGGGGUCGGGGGGGAAGGGACAGGGCCAGGACAACAGGGGACCCCCCAGGAGGCGUACCACCAACUCCCUGCACGGGUCACACCCACACCAGCCCCAGAUCUAUCAGGGAGACCGAGACAGAGACUACCCUCCCUGCCAGCUGCCACAAUCACAGACCUUCCACGGGCUUCCACUACAUGGCAGGUAG